GGGGAUAGAGAGAUUUUUCUCCCUCUCACAUAGCACUAGAACAAGGGGUCAUCACAUGAAAUUGAUUGCCAUGAAAUUUAGGACCAACAAAUGAAGCAACGUGGGCGAGGAAAGGCUGCAGGAAAGGAGAAAAGUCGAGCCCAGGAGGCAGGCCAGGCAGAGGAAGCCGGAGGAAACGGCCGGGCUCCAAAGACAAAAAGGGUCUGCAGGCCUUGACCUCUGCCUCGGCCGUGUAUUGGCGCAUGCUUUGUUUAUGGCUCAAGGCCCACUGUAAGCCACAUUUGCCGACUCUGCAAUUCGAGCCUGGGAGAAGCCGUCAGCCGAACUUCGGCCGGAGAAAGCGGUUUCUGCGUAUUUCGAAUGCUGGGGGAAUUUUCGGUCUGGGUGUUUUCGUUGGUGGGCGCUUUCCCGAAGAGAGACCAGGCAAAGGGGCCAGAUGUAUGCAGAGGAUUCAAAGGGCCUGCCAGGGUUUCCUGGCCCCCUGCCCUGCCUGACUAGGAAGACAGCGAGCUGGGGGCAUUUCCUUUGAGCACAUUGCCUUCCAAAGACAGAACAAGGACUGUGAACGCGCAUUGGGUUUCCUCUCUACUUUCCUCAUCAGAUUGCAGCUCAGCACCCCCCCACACACCCGUUUCUGCCCCGUUGCCAUUGGCUGCUUCAUAGGUAGCCCUGGGCUGCCGUUGGCUGCCUUACCUGUCAUCCUCCUCUCCCCUUCCCUCCCACCUCAACUUACCAUUGAAUUUGAAACUUUGUGUGUGUUCGGCCAGAAGCAUCAAGUUUCAACCUUGGACUCCAAAACCAGUGUGGAUUUCAGCGAGCCGUAAGAAAGAGAGAGAGCUCUGCAGACAGGGCAGCUACUAAAACCGCUUAGGUGGCCUCAGAAGAAGAGGGGGGAAACCCAACACAUGAAGGGUUUUAAUCAGGACGAGGAUUUGCAGUUUUCUCUCCCAGACUUCGGGGCGAGGGUGGAGGGGUCGUCAGGGGUCUCGGUAGCGAUCCUUGCUCUUUGGAAGGCCAGAUUGGUGGCACUGCUGGGUGCAGAAGACCAGAGACGAUGGACACCUUCAGCACCAAAAAUCUGGCUCUCCAAGCUCAGAAGAAGCUCCUGAGCAAGAUGGCGUCCAAGAACAUGGCGAGCAUCUUCAUUGACGACACCAGCAGCGAGAUUCUGGACGAGCUCUACCGGGUCACCAAAGAGUACACCCGCAACCGCAAGGAAGCCCAGAAGAUCAUCAAGAACUUGAUCAAGAUCGUCAUGAAGUUGGGGGUCCUGUACCGCAACGGACAAUUCAGCGCCGAGGAGCUGCUGCUGAUGGAGCAGUUCCGAAAGAAGGUCCACACUUUGGCCAUGACGGCUGUCAGCUUCUACCAGAUAGACUUCACCUUUGACCGCCGGGUCAUGUCGGGCAUGCUGAACGAGUGCCGGGAUCUCCUCCACCAAGCAAUCAACACCCACCUAACGGCCAAGUCCCAUUCCCGCAUCAACCACGUCUUCAACCACUUUGCGGACUACGAGUUCCUCUCUGCACUGUACGGAUCGUCCGAGCCGUACCGCACGCACUUACAGCGGAUCUGCGACGGCCUCAACCGAAUGCUGGAUGACGGGAACUUAUGAAAACCAGGCGCCCCAGCCUUGGGAAGCUUCUACUUGGCACUCACGAAGCGGGUGUCAAGAAAGGACUAUUGACUUUGGAGUUGCCCGCUAUGUGUCGCUAUCUCUAUCCGGUGCUCGGCAUCUUGUGGUCGAAUCGUUCUGUUUUGAAAAACGGUUUCUUCAGUUUG